AUGGCGCAUCAAGAAACUGAAAGUCCCAAUCGCGUGCAGAAGAAGCGAGCGAGAACGGGUUGUUUGAGGUGUCGCACUCGGCGGCGGAAAUGUGAUGAGCAUAAGCCUCGCUGCCAGCGUUGUAUCGAUGCCGAGGCAGAAUGCGUCUAUGGCCCGCGCCUCUCAUUUUUGCAGAAGAACGCUUUUACUCUUUCUUCUAACAGUCGAAAUGAUACUUCGCCAAGAAAGCUGGGCGGUCCUCCAAAAUACUCCAAAGUCCAGUUUGUAGAUAAUAGAUCUGCCCAGCAGAAAGAGGCCGGUCGGAAUGAAGAGAGUCAAAUUUCCAUUCCGUCUCCUCUUUCUGUCGAAAGGGAAAGCAAUGAUGCCUAUAAUGAUUCACCUCCGAAUAACAACCCGGCGGCGACUCCAAGCACAUCUAUUGAGGAACAGCAAGGCCUUUACCUAGGUUCUGAUAACCUGUAUCACGAUUACGGCGGAAAUUUCGAGAAAGAUCAAGAUGCGCAAGCACAAAAUGAUGCCACGUCACACCUCAAUGGAGACAGUCAGGACCGAGAUAUAGGAGGAAUAAGACAGGGAGACAGUUAUGAGAUUGCUCUGGAUGUACUGAUGACUCUUGGAACGGGAGAUCCAGGUGUGGAUAUAGAUACACCUACUCCCAUAGCUCCGGUUCUUAAGGACAUCGAAGAGAUCAAUUUGUCAUCUCCGCCAUCAAUACUAAAGAGCAUCGAUGAUAUUGGGCCAAUCAGCGCCCAAGCCGCAAAUCAAGUCUCCCGUGGACGAACGAUUGAGCUUCUGAGGCAUUACAGAUAUAAGAUUGCACCAUGGCUCGAUAUGUGUGAUAUGGGGCAGACCUUUGGUCUCGUUAUUCCGCAUCUUGCAAUGAGAUCCGGCAUGUUAUUCGAUGCACUCUUAAAGUUAUGCGCUACUUCAUAUUCAGCUACUUUUUACUCCUCGACGUCAACCAACAGUCCAACAAGCGACUCGAGUCAUCUCGUGUAUCCUAUUGAAUAUCAUCUUGAACAUGCAAAGAUGUGGGAAGUCAAGCUCUGGUCAGUGCUAACAGCCGCGGAGGGCUUCCUCGUCGACCCUCCUAAAUCAUGGGAUAACGCACUGGCAGGGAACAAUUUUUUGCACAUCGUCUAUACACAGAUGGCAGAAAAUAGUCCAUUCCGAGUACUGAACGAGUGUAUGUUUUGGUUGCUUGCGAGAUUCAGUGUCUCUAUUGCUUUGCUAAAAGCAACCACUUCUACCAUCAAUAGCAGCCUGCUAAGAAAUCUACUUGAGAGCUCCCCUGGUAAAGGACGCAAGUCAGGGCACAUCAGCCUCCAUUUCGCGCAUGAACCUCUUGUUUUAUGCACCGAAGUGCUCGAUUUCUCAUUUGGAGAUGAAGAAGUAGCAAGAAGUCUCAAUGCCGAACCAACAAAACCCCGAGCGGUUCGUUGGAAGUCUAUUGUUGACAAUCUCAGUGAUUGGUAUACAAACAGACCCUCUACAUUCCGUCCCGUUAUCGAAAUCAGCAACGACGAAUUCUCAUUUCCAAUCGUAUACUUCACCAGCGGUGCAGCGACAUUUGCGAAUCAGUUAUACCACACCGCAAUGAUGCUAAUACUAGCUCAUAAACCGAGGACACUGCAGCUUGAUCAGCGUCGUUCAUCAUCAUUAUCGCAGUUGUGGCAUGCGCAAAGGAUAUGCGGUAUCGCCAUCAACAAUAAUCGAGGUGAAUGUUGGGACCCAUGUCUCCUCACAUCGUUCUAUCUAGCUGCUCAGAGAAUGACGCACGAGAGUCAGCAAAGAGAAAUACUGCUGGGAUUUAAGCACAUUAGCAGUUUGGGUUGGCGUACUGAUGGCUUUAUUGAGCGCCUGAAUCAAGACUGGCACACUUCAGGGCUUCUCGGAUGA